AUGUCCCGAAACCUUCUGCUCCUCUUCACCUCCUUAUUUGCGCUUGCCAAUGUCGCCAGUGCAGUGAACGUUUUCGCUGGGUGCACCGACCUCGAAAGUCCAUCGGAUGCUUCUACGGAAACGUAUCAAGGCUUCAUUAGCACCGGCCCAGGCUGCAGUGAAGAAUGUACUGGGUAUGCCUAUAGUUAUUGGGCGUCAGACGACGCAUGUUACUGUUCCAACGCUGGAAUCCCAGCAGCAAAUCUGCAAACAGGAACUUCGGGUACAUGUUCUGGCACAGAAGUGAGGGUGAUCGGUACAACCUUCAACUCGGUCUCAUGUUUGGCCUUCAAAGACCUAACGGGGCAGCCUACCUUUACUCUUGGUCCUUCAAACGUGGCGGGCGCAAGGGAAUGUUUGACGAUGUGUAGGAAUGAUCUCAAGGCUGUAUUUGGAACGGAUAGUGAAUCGUCGACUGGUUAUUCAUGUGUCUGCUCAAGUGAUAUACAAGGAACUUCCAAUAAUGUCUGUGGUACCGACAGUGUUUAUGUUUACAAUCAUCCAGCCGCUGCUGCCGCUUCAGGAUUUACGAAACGUAGAGCACGAGAGGAGGAAGAACAGCGAAGAAGGGAUGCAGAAGUCAAUCCCUGUCCUUGGGGCUUGACAGCAUGUGCCAUCCCAGGAUUGGAGGCUGUUGACGCCUUCGAGUGUAUUGAUACUCAAAAUGAUAUCGAGUCUUGUGGAGGGUGCAUCCACAGAGCAUACACGGACUCGACCUUGACAAUGACCUCCAACGUUGGUGAGAACUGUAUAACGCCUGGUGUUAGACUUGGCUCUGCCUCAUGUCAAGCUGGGAAAUGUGUAGCUUAUGGAUGUAAAGACAACUACGACCUCAUCGAUGGUCAAUGCAUCGCUGCUCAAAUAGCUGUCGCACAUGAUCCUUUGGUCAUCCAAUAG